AUGUCAAAUUCGCCGUCCGUUCCCGAUGAUACCUUGCCUUAUCCCCUGGUGACACCUGCUACACCUGCCCAACAUGAUUGCUCAGAGCGCAGCCCACGUCACCACUCACGGCAGGGUCAGCACUUGUCCCAGGGGUCUCAAGAGGCGCCGUCGCCAUCGCGGGCAGAAUCUCCCGCGGCCCAUUCGUGGUCGCAGCCCUCCCAUUUCACCCUAAAAAGGACCCUGACCACACCCGUGGAGACGACUGCGCAUCCCGAUAUUGUGUACCGUCCCCAACUGUCUGAACGGGACAGUAUCUUCGCUACUCAUUACCUUCCCUCAGAUAGCGGCGCAAACACCCCACAACUCCUUCCCCAAAAAGCGGAUCAUGGCCUGGUCAAUUUGAUCCCCAGCCUCGAUGAUGCCUCCGUGUCGCCAAGUACACUCUCCAAGGUCUCUCCCCACCGUCCUAGCGCCGGCCCUUCCCACAUGGAAGUUGACGUCCGCAGACAAUACCCAUUGCGCUCCUCCUCUCUCUUCUCCUCUUCCGAUGUCCCGCGGUUAUCUCUUCUUCGCUCGUCCAUCUCGUCGACCGACCAGGUGAAGACACCGGGGACGGAGGCGGGCGCACAUGAUCAUUUGGGUGGAUCUGAGCGAGACAAAGCGCCUUUGGAUCAUUCAGGUACGAAGACCAGUCGUGCACAGGGGACGUUCCCCGGACGCAUCUUGCUUCCAUCUGCCCUUAACGAUGCAUCUCAUACCUCUCACUCGUUGACUCUCUUGUCCCCUCACAACGAGAAUUCCCAGGUCAGUCCGGAAUUUUUAUCCUACAGCCCACAAAAAGAGAUUUCUUCUCCUGCGGGUGUUGAACGGAGUCCAAGCAGAGGUCGCCGGGGUCGAGUUGAUAACUCAAUUGAAGCCAAUUUGACGAACGCGGAGCCGGCUUCUAACGUGCGCAGCCGUAAGUCCAGCCACUACUUGGGUCUGUUCAAAGAGAACACCACAUCGCCAGAUCGGAAACGACGGGAGGACCGUGGUCGGCAGGAUGAGCCAGAAGAAGUGGCAGAUCACGCGAUGGACAUUGAACACGAACAUCCGCGAGGCGAAGAGGAAGCUUUGCUCCGUAAAAGUAUUUCUCUUCCGGCGCUUGGCGAUGGUCCGGCGUUCGAGCCUCCUUCUGCCUCCGCAACCCCCCAGAGCGCCCAAGACGAUGAACCACACAAGCGUCGCCCAACAGCGCUACCGCGCAGCCUCUUAGAAGAAAUCCGAAACUUUCAUCUUACUCCUGGUGGAGGCCGAGGCUCAUCUUUCUCCAAAAGCAUUCCAACCCAAUAUUCAGAACGCGGCCGUGACUAUUUCCAAGAACAGCCUCAUGUUGAAUUGUCUCCCUCAACGUCUUUCGAAGAGGAAGGGCGUGAAUCUGGGCGAUUUGAGCCCGAGGAAGAAGAGAAUGAGCAGAUUUCGUCUGCCGUUUAUUUCCCCCAUGAGCGCACAGUGACCGAAGAACUUAAUGACCUGCAGCAAUAUCCGGAACGGGGUCAUGAUGUACAGCCGGUUCAGCUAUCGGCCGAAAAGGGCCAUGAGCUGAUGUUAGUCUCAGACCGUAGCGAUUCCCCCGAAAAAGAAAUCAGCCAUGUGGAUAUUGCCUUCCGAUCUAAGCAUGAUAAUAGGAUCUUACAUGGUGAUCUCCAUGAUGUGCCAGAGAAACCCUUGAGUACGAUCUCUGAGCGCAGCUAUGAUUCAAUAAGUGAAUCAGAGGCAUUAUCAGCCGAUGACAGUACACUUUCCGUUCCAGAAGAAUCAAGUUUGACCGACGAUGCGGAUACACCCACUGCGACUCCAACCCAACGCUCUGGGCUUCUGCGUCGGAAAAAUACCAAGCCUCAGGCGCCUCUAGGCGCCGUGGAAUUGAAGCCUUAUCGGCAUCAGGUUGGUGGGCACACAACCGUAUUUCGCUUCUCCAGGCGCGCUGUGUGCAAGCAACUUAACAAUCGAGAAAAUGAGUUUUAUGAACGCAUUGAGCAGAGACAUCCUGAUAUGUUGAUGUUUCUCCCAAAAUACAUUGGCGUACUGAAUGUUACGUUCUCGAAGACAUCUAAGAAGUCCAAGGAUCUGGUCAACCCGUCUGGAGACAAACUCCAGGAUGCAAUGCCAGCGAAUGGGUCUUCGGUGCUAAGCUCUCAACUCAAGGAGGCAGCGGAACCACAGCGAAUUGUCAGCCAGUCACAGGUAACAGGCGUUAUUCCCAAGGUUAUUCUCGAAAACAAUCGCCACAUCAUUCCCGCCGACUUGUUCUCCCGAACCCAACGACCACGAACGGCGGAUGAUUCAGUAGUGAGCCGUGCUCGAUCGAUGGACGGUCUUGAGGCUAUGUCAGUGGAGUCUGACCCAUCAUCUUUGAGCAAGAGAGCCAAGAUUUGGGGCGCUACCACUGUCAACCGAAAGCUUCAAGAGCAGGUUCUUCGUGAGGUGUUCAGCCCUCCUGCUAUCCACCACCAUCGCCGCCAAGCUCGUGGUCAUCUUCACCUCCCUCGAGCCAGUAGCGACUUCCCCUACCGACUUGAAGAUAUGUCUGAAGAUCAUAUGCCUAGCACUCAGCGACCAAUACUGGGAGCUAUCCAAGCGCUGAAGACUGAAGCAAUUGACAUUGUUCCUCCCACCAUGGAGGGACCUGCUCUCUCAUCCUCCGCAUCCACGGCCCUGGACGCUGACAAAAAUCGUCUGGAGAAAGUUCGAACCGAAGAAGAGCCCAACAGGGCAAGCUCAUUGUCCCGAACUCAUCAUCAAGUAAGACGCCGGCACUCCGGAAGUGGUCUUCAGAGGCGUGGCAGCAUCAACUCUCGUAAGGACGGGGAACUUGUCUUUUUUGAUGACGAUGGUUAUGGUGGUGACAAAGAAGACGAUAUUUUCUCCAUGGAAGCCGAUGCCUCCAUGCCUUCCAACCCCUCCCAGGUUGCAAAACGUCUGGCUUCACCAGAACGUAAAAGAGAUUCGGCUAGUGGACGCCGGGCACUCGAAUCUGCAGCUGCAGCGAGAGCAUCCGAUCUGUCGCAUCCCCAGCCAAUCACCAAUAUUACCACCAUGUUACCGAAUAACCCCAAAGAAGCACAGAUGAGAAAAGAUGACCGCGUACAGUUCUUCCUUCUUCUCGAAGAUCUGACUGCGGGAAUGAACAAACCUUGUGUGCUGGACUUGAAAAUGGGUACUCGACAAUAUGGUAUCGAGGCAAACGAGAAGAAAAAGAAGUCCCAAAGACGCAAAUGCCAGUCCACCACGUCCCAACAAUUAGGUGUGCGACUCUGUGGCAUGCAAGCGUGGAAUGUCAAGAAGCAGGAAUAUCUCUUUGAAGACAAGUACUUCGGACGAGAUUUGAAGUCUGGUCGUGAAUUUCAAGAUGCACUCACCCGCUUCCUGUACGAUGGCGUCAGUUAUACCAGUGUGGCCAAAAAGAUCCCUGUCAUUCUGGAGAAGCUGGCUUUACUGGAACAUUUGAUCCGACAGCUGGACUCCUACCGUCUCUACGCAAGCAGCCUCUUGAUUCUUUAUGACGGAGAACCAUCACCCCCCAGCAAGGGCCGCCGCGUAGCAGACGUUCAACUGAAGAUCGUCGAUUUCGCCAAUUGCGUCACAGGCGAGGAUAAACUCCCAUCAGAUACACCUUGUCCACCUCACAACCCGCACGAUAUUGAUCGUGGAUACCUGCGUGGCCUUCGCACUCUCCGAAUGUAUUUCCAGCGAAUCAUGAAGGAGGUCACGCAAGACGAAUUCGUCGAGCGAGGAGAAGGCGAAGCGAUUGCUUUGGGAUCUCAGCCAGCCGUGCGCGAGCUUCCAUCGGACCAAUAUUGGGACGAGACGAUGAUGGAAAGUGACGCGGGCGAAGUCAGUUUCUAA